GCUUUCUCUCGUGGAAAUCAGUUCGACACAAAACCACACACGUGCACCGCUUGCCAGCCAGAGCGACAACAACCCGGGUGAAGAUGCCAGACUCGCCGCCCCCAGAGGAGCGCGAACGCCUCGACAAGGAGGCCAAGGCGAAGGAGGAAGCCGAGCAGGCCGCGCUGCCGUACAAGUGGACGCAGACGAUCAAGGACGUCGACGUCACGAUACCGAUUCCCGCGAACAUCAAGGGCAAGGACCUGGACGUGACGCUGACCAAGAGCAAGCUGAGAGUUGCCGUCAAGGGCCAGGCGCCCAUCAUAGACGGCGACUUCCCCCACAGCAUCGUGCCGGACGAGUCGGCGUGGACGGUCGAGACGGUGAAGGAGGGCAAGGAGAUCUCGAUCCACCUGGACAAGGUCAACAAGAUGGAGUGGUGGCCGCACGUGGUGACGAGCGCGCCCAGGAUCGACGUCACCAAGAUCGUGCCGGAGAGCAGCAGCCUCAGCGACCUCGACGGCGACACCCGCCGCAUGGUCGAGAAGAUGAUGUUCGACCAGCGCCAGAAGGAGAUGGGCCUGCCCACCAGCGACGAGCAGCGCAAGAUGGACAUCCUGAAGAAGUUCCAGCAGGACCAUCCCGAGAUGGACUUCUCCCAGGCGAAGAUCGGAUGAGCGCGGACUGUUCUUCUUUUCUCCUUGCAGGGCGUGGGUGCAGGCGAAGACGGGGUGAAAAGGUUUGGGGAGGCGUGAGAAGGUGCGGGAGACGUGGGAGCAAGACAGCCGCGAGGCCAACGCAAAGGGCGGUCAACGUUGUCUUCGCGCGGCCUACAUUGCUGCCGAGACGGUCCCGCCUGAACGGCAGCCAGGCAUGCGUCACUCCACGUAAGAGCCUGGAAUCGUACUCGGCGAAGCCUCUUCCUCGUGGUACCGCCGGCAGCGUGGGUUACAGUCGAUCGUCUCCUGCGCGGCGGAUGCAAGCUACCUCCCCUCCCCCUUUUUUUUUUAAAAAAAAAAAAAUUCUUACGUACCUGUGCGUUUCCUUACGUGACAAGACUCGAGGAGAUUGCUGGAUGCACACUGUUUCAAGGCUGGAAGAUCGUAAAAGCACAUGAUAUUAAUACAACGACAAGAGUCUUUCUAGUUAUA